AUAACGUAUAAGGGACGCAAGUCUAUCACUGUACAAGUAGAUGCAAAUAGCGGAGAAUAACACUCCAGAAUAGCAGAGCAGUAUGGAAAUUGAGGGAGAAUCGGCUGGUAGGAGACACGGAUAAAAUCCGGGCCUGACAGCGAUCAAGUCACGCACAGGGAGGGGAGGUGUUUUGGAAGAUGAGGUUAUCGCAAGUGUCGGGAACCCUCCUCGUGAGCGACGUAUGUACGUCCGGUGAUCCUGCCUAUGUCUUUGCGCCCCUGCGAAUGGGGAGAGUGCGGGCCCAACUUCGCGUACGACGUGCGGAGGUGUGCAGGUGCGCCGGUAGAGAGAUGUUACGCCCUGGCCCAGACGUCCGCUGUCGCUUGUUGCUCGCUGGCGCUGCCUGUGGUGGAGUCUCUGGAGACCGUGACUUCGCGUUCGUGUGCGUACCUCCGUCUGAAACCUGUGCCUUAGGCAUGCGAUCGUCGAUGCGCCAGCGGGAGUUCCAGAUCUGUCGGGCGAGCAACCCGAGCAUGAACUCGUGAUCUGCGACCUUCGUCGCUAGUUCCCGAUCGUCGGGCGUGGGACUGCGGUCCAUUAGCGUUUCUGACUCCCAUUGUGCCUCCCACUGUGCAACCUGAGGGUGAUCUUUGUACUUCGACGUCGAGGGGACAAACCCCACGGGUACAUAGGGCUCUUCACGCAAGGGCUUUCUUUGAGGUCGA